UUGAAAAAAAAUAAAUAAAUAAACUCCAUUCUAUCUCAAAUAUUCCACGAGAACCAUAUCUGUUUCCCUUUCUUAAAACACCAUGUCAGGUCAAACACACAAAGAGCUUGAAGAAACACUUCUGAGCCAAACACAUGCCCUCAUGAUUGAAGACAAAAAAGAGGAAACCUCUCCAAAACACCAAGAAGAAAAAGAUAAUGUCCCACCGCUGCCAUUAGAUGAAGAGGAAGCAAUUAUCAACUAUGAGUUCAAUAAUAAGCAGUUGCCAGAAGAGGCUUUUACGCACAAAACUUUCGGCGCAGAUAACAAUUUAUCUUAUAAACGGUUAGAAUAUGUAGGUGAUGUUGUUCUUAACUUGUUCAUAGUGAUAGAACAAUAUUUCUCUUAUCCAAAUUUGGGACCGGGAGUUUUGACUUCAAACAAAUCAAAGAAUGUUGAUACGGAAAAACUCGCACGUGUGGCUAUUAAACAUGGGUUACAGCGGUAUUUGAGACACAAACAACCCAAUCUUGAUGAAGAAAUUCAAAGAUUUAUAGAAAGAGUGGACGACUAUUACUUACAUUCUAAUGUGCAGCUCUACGUACCUAAAACUGUAGUUGAUAUUGUUGAAUCUAUCAUCGGUGCUAUUUUUAUUGAUUCUGGUUUUUCCCAUGAAGUUGUGGAGAAGCACACCAUGGCAGCUCUAACACACAGAGAGCAAGAGGAAACACUUCUUAUCCAAACAAGUGCCCUCACCAUUGAACAUCAGGAAACUGAAAUCUCUCCAGAACAGAAAGAAGACAAAGAAAAGACCUACUACAAAGAUACUCUGCCACCGCUCCCAUUAGAUGAAGUGGAAGCAAUUAUCAACUACGAAUUCAAGAAUAAGCACUUACUAGAAGAGGCUUUUACGCACAAAACUUACGGGGCAGAUAACAAUUUAUCUUAUAAGCGGUUAGAAUAUGUAGGAGAUGUUGUUCUUAACUUGUUCAUAGUGAUAGAACAAUAUUUCUCUUAUCCAAAUUUGGGACCGGGAGUUUUGACUCCAAACAAAUCAAAGAAUGUUGACACAGAAAAACUCGCUCGUGUUGCUGUUAAACAUGGCUUAGAGCGAUAUUUGAGACACAAACAACCCUAUCUUGAAGAGGAAAUUCAAAGAUUUAUUGAAAGAGCCGACGACUAUUACUUGCAUUCAAAUGGGCAGCUCUACGCCCCUAAAACGCUAGCUGAUAUUGUUGAAUCAACCAUUGGUGCCAUUUUUAUUGAUUCUAACUUAUCCCUUGAUGUUGUGUGGAAGGUUGCGAGAAAAUUAUUGGAACCUAUAAUUGAACCGGAAUCUGUUAAAAAGCAUCCUGUGUCGCAACUUAUUGAAAUUUGUCAGGAGAAAAAAUUCAAAUUACGAUUUGUAGAUUUGUGGGAAGAAUCUACUAAUGUUGAAGUCUUUAUAAAUGAGAAAUUGGUUGGAAGAGGCAGUUAUGCCUCUAAGAAAGCCAUUGCACGUUAUAGAGCUGCAAAAAAUGCUUUGGAUAAUAUAGAUAAUGUCUUGGAACACACCAUGGCCGCUCAACCACACAAAGAGCAAGAAGAAACACUUUUGAUCAAAACAAGUGCCGUCACCCUUGAACAUCAGGAAACGGAAAUCUCUCUAGAACAGAAAGAAGAAAAAGAAGAGACCUACAACAAAGAUUCUCUGCCACCGCUGCCGUUAGAUGAAGUGGAAGCAAUUCUCAACUACGAAUUCAAGAAUAAGCACUUGCUAGAAGAGGCUUUUACACACAAAACUUACGGCGCAGAUAACGGUUUAUCUUAUAAGCGGCUAGAAUAUGUUGGUGAUGUUGUUCUCAACUUGUUCAUAGUGAUAGAACAAUAUUUCUCUUAUCCAAAUUUGGGACCUGGAGUUUUGACUCCAAACAAAUCAAAGAAUGUUGACACGGAAAAACUCGCACGUGGGGCCAUUAAACAUGGCUUAGAGCGGUAUUUGAGACACAAACGACUCAAUCUUGAAGAUGAAAUUCAAAGAUUUAUAGAAAGAGUCGACGACUAUUACUUGCAUUCAAAUGGGCAGCUCUACGCACCUAAAGCUCUAGCAGAUAUUGUUGAAUCAACUAUCGGUGCUAUUUUUAUUGAUUCUGGUUUAUUCCUUGACGUUGUGUGGAAGGUUGCAAAAAAAUUACUUGAACCCAUAAUUGAGCCAGAUUCAGUUAAAAAGCAUCCUGUCUCACAACUUAUUGAAGUUUGUCAAGAGAAAAAAUUUAAAUUACAAUUUGUAGAUUUGUGGAAAGAAUCUUCUAGUAUUGAGGUCUUUAUAAAUGGGAAAUUUGUUGGAAGAGGCAGUUAUGACUCUAAGAAAUCCAUUGCACGUUAUAGAGCAGCAAAGAAUGCUUUGGAUAAUAUAGAUAAGGUGUUGGGUGUAAGCAUAUCUACAAUAAAAGAUAGUAUUGAAGAUUGAUAUUUAUGAUUAUGGUUGAUUUGAUUUUGUCUCUUUCUUUUUUUUGUUAAAGGUUUAUAUAAGUUGUUGAAUUUUUGUAUUCAUACACAAAUAUUCUUUUUAUCAUUUUAUAAUCGAUAUAAUAGUUUAAAAUUAAAUGGAUUGGA